AUGGCUAUGGCUGAAAAGAAAAACGAAUAUCCUCCGGGAGUGGAGGCCGACAGACGACUAUUACCAUUCGAAACAUGGGAGGAUUAUUUAGAUUCACUUAUAGAAAUUGCUGAUUUACGAAAUCUCAGGAGCAUUGCAUCCGCUCGAAUUAUUGCUGCACUCGGUUAUAGAGCCACAGGUGAUACUCUAUCUGAAAAGGAAUUUUACGCUAGACGCGCUGUUAUUCACAACAUUGUGUACCCGGUAAUAAGGCCAUAUGUUCUCGUGAGCGAAGGAGCUGAUUUAGAAGACCCGUUUAAAAGGGAAAUGGCGAUAAGGGAACGUGCGAACAGAAUUGGCAUAUUGCAGCCUUUAAUGGAUCCUGAUGAUGGAUUAUUGUUUCAAAAUCGUCACGAUCAUAAAAUAAUUUUUCCGAAUCCCGAACAAAAUCCCGGACAAAAUACUACAAAGAAACGUGUGUACUCUCCUAUGUACAUUCAAGUCGAAAUUUAUGAUCAUGUGGUGAGGAAAAAGACAUAA